AUGGCUCCCUCAAACCAGCUUGGCAAACGAGUCAAGCUGACCCAAGUGCGACGGCCCUUCAUUGUGGGCACUACUGCCGUUCCUUUCUCCGACACGAAUCCCAAGCCGCCCGGUACGCCAGAUAAUCACACGCAUUCAUGGCAAGUCUUUGUAAAGGGGCUUGAGGAUACCGAUAUUACGUAUUGGGUGCGUCGUGUGCAGUUCAAACUGCACGAGUCGAUUCCCAACUACGUACGAAUGAUCGAGGGAGAACAAGGGAAGCCUUUCGUCGUCAACGAGACUGGAUGGGGUGAAUUCGACAUCACUAUCAAGCUAUACUACGUCAACGACUCUGGCGAGAAGCCACAGACAAUGUACCACUACCUAAGACUCCAUCCAUUCGGUCGGACAGAAGAAGAGAAGCAGUCAAUGGUGACGAAGAAUGGAGAAGUUCGCUCCUGGAGCUACGAGGAGCAGUUGUUUAACGAACCAUACGAGGCGUUCUACCAGAUUCUUACCUCUGGGGCUGUCCCCAAGGGGUGGAAACCAUCUGGAGGGUCCGGCAAGGGCAAAGGCAAGAACCGUGCGCCUCCUCCGCUGCCAGCUCCUGAUAGCGGCGAGGUGUGGGAGCACACGGCAAUGAUCCCCAACCAUAACCGGCCUGGACAACCGUUCAGUCGCGAGACUGAGGCUGCAGAAGUACGGAAGCUGAAGGAGGCGCAGACCAAGACGGAAGAAAUGUGCACGCAGAUCUUGUCCGAACUCAAGGCGAAAGAAGAAUUGCUGGCUAAUCUUAAGGCUGAGAAUCAGGCAGCAACGGCGGCAGCCAAACCUGCUUAG